AUGAGGGUUCUGGUGACUGUGGUGUCCCUGUUCUUCCUGGGCAUCCAGGCCGAGACUCACUGGACCUACUCAGGGGGCAGCCUGGAAGAGAGCGACUGGCCAAGGGCGUACCCUGACUGCGGUGGGCAGAGGCAGUCGCCCAUCAAUCUUCAGAGUAAGAAGGUGAAGUUCAACCAGUUCUUGAAGCCCCUGACCCUGAGUGGCUAUGAGGAGGAUGGGUUGGAGUUCUCCAUGACUAACAACGGCCACACAGUGCAGAUUGCCCUGCCUUCCACCAUGAGCCUGAAAGACUCUAAAAGCACCUUGUAUAAAGCAGAGCAGAUGCACUUCCAUUGGGGUGGGGACUUCGCAGAAAUCAGUGGCUCUGAGCACACUGUCGACGGGAUCAGGCGUGUGACAGAGAUCCACUUUGUUCACUACAAUUCCAAGUACGAGAACUUCGACGAGGCCAAGAGCCAGCCCGAUGGUUUGGCUGUGCUGGCAGCUCUUGUGGAGAUCAAUGAAUACGAGGAAAAUACCUACUACAGCCCCCUCAUUUCUGAGCUGCCCAACAUCCAGUAUACAGGACAAAUCACAACCCUGAAAAACACUAACAUUUAUAACUUGAUGCCUCGAGACACGUUCCACUAUUACACCUACGAAGGCUCGCUCACCACUCCCCCCUGCACCGAGAACGUCAAGUGGUUUGUGCUCCAUGAUACCGUCAAGCUCUCUAAGACCCAGGUAGAGAACAUGGAGAACACUAUUAAGAAUGACCACAACGAGACCCUUCAUAACAUCUACCGCAAGACCCAGGCCCUCAACGAGAGAGUGGUGCAAGCCAAUUUCCCAGACUUCUUUAGUAAGAAUCCCGACUGGUACUCCUCCAUUGAUGCUGGACUUUAUGAUGAACAUCCCGUGGAUACAGGUCUCGUUGGUCACCACCGGAUAAAGACUGAUGAGAACCUGGCAAACCAUGCUGGACCAAAGAAAAUUAAGAAGAGAAAGCACAAUUGAUAAGCUGGAAUUGGCACCUUGUGGACUCACCCUGCCCCGCCUCUGAGGAAUCCUGUCCUGUGGGUCUCCUUGCCAUCCGCAGUGAGUCUCUGACUCACUCAGGGAGUUACCACCCAUAGAAGGAAGUGAGCUACAUCAGAUGGAAGAGGAGGGGUGUGGGCGAGACACCACGGGUGGAAACAAACCUGGACAUGCAAAGGAAUCAAGCCUUCGACAACCUCCUGUCAAUCAUUCAUUAAAUUUGGGGGCUGGGGAUGCGGCUCAGUGACAGAGCUUUGGCCCUUGGC